AUGUCUCAGGAAGUGCUGCCCGUGGAGGUGCCAGAAAUACUCUCUUACAUGAAUCCAGGGAAGGCCAUGAUGCUAUCAAAAGCAACAGCACCACAGGAUGAAGAUUCAGACAUCAAUUCCUUGGGAGAUGGUGAACAGAAAGAAGAAAACGAAGGAAGUACUGUACCAGACAAAGGUGAUUUCAAGAUAGAAUCCUCUCCCUGCUAUCUGCUGACUGUAAGGAUCAUCCGGAUGAAAAAUCUCCAGCGAGUGGACACCUUCAGCCAGGCUGAUUGCUACGUGUCAUUGUGGCUGCCAACUGCGACAUGUGAAAGGUCCCGCACUAAAACUGUGAGAAAUUCCAACAAUCCAGUGUGGAACGAAACCUUCUACUUCAGGAUCCAGAGUCAGGUCAAGAAUGUGCUGGAGCUAACAGUGUAUGAUGAGGAUUUUGCUACUCCAGACGACCAUCUCCUCUGCGCACUCUUUGAUACCGCUAAACUUCCAAUUGAAAGAACAGUGGUCCUGUAUUUUAAGCCCAACCCAGAGGCCAAGGAGGAGCUAGAGGUUGAAUUCAAAUUGGAGAUUGCUUCUGGUCCUCAUGAAGCCAUUGCUACCAAUGGAGUCCUGGUGUGUCGUGAACUUUGCUGCUUGGAAGUUGAAGUGACAGAGAAGAUGCAACAAAAAUCAAAGAAAGAGCUUUCCCUCACGGUGAAGGGCUCUUUUGAGGGGACGCAGGAUAUCAUGUUGGGCCCCGAUGGAGUGGCCAGCCCAUCAGGUCCCACCAAGUUCCACUAUAUCAAGUAUGCUGAGCCAACGCUGGAUGUCAUGUUGCCAAAGAAGAGGCGCUACCACCCUUGGACCUGUAAGUACACUACAGAGACGGGCUCCCCGGUCGUGAUGCUGAAUUCACUGCCCAUGGGAAAGAAAAUGACUAUUGCAGAGGAGAAAAGGUUUGACUUGAGUGUGAGAGCACAGAGCUGUAACUGUUCGUGCCACCAAGACCUGGACAUGCGCUUUGGGUUUGAACUAUGUUCAGAGGAGAUGGCUUUCCUGGGGAAAAGAAAAAGAUAUGUAGCAAGUGCCCUGAAAAAUGUUUUUCACCUACAACAGGAUCUGCAGGAUUUUGAAGUCCCCGUUGUGGCUAUCAUCACAACAGGCGGAGGACUGAAAUCAAUGACAGGACUGUAUGGCAGCCUCAUGGGGCUCAAGAAAUUGAAUCUCCUGGACUGUAUAUCGUACAUCAGCGGGCUGUCUGGCACCACUUGGACCAUGGCCAACUUAUACAGAGAUGCCUACUGGUCACAGAAGGACCUAGACUCACAUAUUGGUGAAGCCCAGAAACAAGCAACCAAAUGCAAGAUGGGCUGUUUCUCUAUGGAUCGCAUGAAGUACUAUGACAAGCAGCUUUGUCAGCGGAAAGAAGAGGGAUACAGGACAUCAUUUAUAGAUCUUUGGGGGCUCAUGAUUGAGUACUUACUAAAUGAUGGGAAAGACCCUCACAAACUUUCAGAGCAGCAAGAAGCACUGUGUGAUGGCCAGAACCCACUGCCCAUCUAUGUGUCAGUCUGUGUUCGGGACAGCUACAGCACCAAUGAUUUCAAAGAGUGGGUCGAGUUCACCCCCUACGAGGUGGGACUCCUGAAGUACGGCGCGUUUGUUCGCACGGAGCAUUUCGGAAGCGAGUUCUUCAUGGGACGCUUGUUGAAAAAGCUCCCCGAAUCCCGGAUCUGCUACCUUCAAGGUAUGUGGAGCAGUAUAUUUUCUGUGAACCUAUUACAAAUAUGGGGACUGUCCCACAGUUCAGAAGACUUCUGGAAGAGAUGGACACAAGACAGAAUAGAAGAAGUUGAUGAAGACCCGGUGUUGCCUACAAGACCCCACGAGCUGAGGACUCGAAUGUACACUCCUCCUGGCCCCCUGUCCAGUGCCCUUCGGGGAGCACUGACUGACCGCUUCUCCGUCGCCCAGCACCACAAUUUCCUGAAGGGCUACCAGCUGCAUAACAACUACCUGGAGAAUGAGCACUUCUCUAGAUGGAAAGACACUGUGUUAGACUCGCGUCCCAAUGAGCUGAUGCAAAAUGCUGAUCACCUGGGCAUGAUAGACGCUGGAUUUUUCAUCAAUACCAGCAGUCCACCACUUUUAAGGCCGCAGAGGAAAGUGGAUGUCAUCAUAUAUUUAAGUUAUACUACUGGAUCACAUACAUCGACUCUAGAUAAGGCGUACAAAUACUACUCAGAGCAGAAAAUCCCAUUCCCUAAAAUUUCUCUGACUGAUGAAGAUAGGAAAAAUCUGAAGGAGUGCUACCUCUUCCACGAUUCAGAUUUGCCAGGAUGUCCGAUUGUGAUUUUUCUUCCCCUUGUGAAUGAUACCUUCCGAGAGUACAAGGCGCCUGGUGUCAAGCGGUGUUGCUCAGAGAUGGAGGGAGGACAACUUGAUUUGACCAGUCGCUUUUCCCCCUACUGCAUGUUCUCGGUUAGGUAUACCGAUGAGAACUACCGCCGGCUGCUGAACCUCAGCGAAUACAACAUUCUGAACAACUCACAGAUGAUUAUGCAGGCACUGCAGAUAGCGAUGCAAAGGAGAAGGCAAAACAUGUGCUAA